AUGUCUGCCCUUAACCUCCCCCGUUCUGCGGACGCUGCGCUGGCCGCGACAGCUCUCCCUGACUACGUGCUAGACUAUGCCCCUCUGGUAUGGCUUCAUAGCGAAGACCAGUACAGGCCUUCCGGCUUUGCCGAGCAUCUCAACCAUGUCGUGCCGGAGGUAGACUACAAUCCCAUUGAGGACAUCCAGACGCCACUCACCCUGGAUAAUCUGGACCAACUCAAUGCCGCGGGCAACGAAAGUGUGUAUUUGACUUCGGAAGAAGGGAUCGAUGCCGACCCGCAGCCCGACUGGAUUUUCGGCACGGAUAUCGAUGAUAACGGCCAAGCGAACGACGUUUCGUCGAUCAUUGUCUUGAACGAUCAUGGAGAGGGAGAUGUAGAUGCGUUCUACUUCUAUUUCUAUUCUUAUAACCUGGGCAAUACGGUUCUCGGGAUGGAAUUUGGUAACCACGUUGGGGACUGGGAGCAUAACAUGAUCCGAUUCAAGGAUGGUACUCCGCAGGCCAUCUGGUACAGUCAACACGCUUCGGGACAGGCUUUCACGUAUGAUGCGACGGAAAAGCAGGGAAAGCGACCAGUUGCGUACUCUGGGAAUGGAACCCAUGCCGUCUACUCCAGCACUGGAGGUCACGACCACACAAUUCCAGGCGUUGACCUCCCGGUCGGAUUCCUCGUUGACCAAACCGACCAGGGUGUUUUGUGGGAUCCGACCUCGGGAGCAUAUGCGUAUAGCUAUGCGGCAGACACGCAGACAUUUGAAGCCUACGACUCUAGCUACCCGGUCAAAUGGCUGGAUUUCAACGGGAAAUGGGGAGACGACGCGCUCCAGGGAGGACCAGAAUUAUUCGGACAAGCAAAGUACUCCGGAGGACCCAAUGGACCAAAGUUCAAGAAUCUCCAGCGCGACAAGCAAUUUAACGCAGAACUCAUGUCGGACAUCCAAUUUCCUGGUGCGUACCAUUACCGCCCAAAUACGGAUGCUUCUGCAUUCUGCAAGAAAUUGCGCCAACCUGGCGGGGACGGCGAGAUUGAUUCCUCAGGUCACCAGGUGUGGAUGUCUCCCAGGACCCCAGGCUGCAAGGCUGCAAGUAUGCCCGUAUCGGCAGACGGAGAAUUUAUGCAGCGCGAAAAGCAAGGAGUCGGGUGA